AUGAUUUUUCAAAUAUUAUUAUUAUUAUUAUUAUUAUUAUUAUUAUUAUUAUUAUUAUUAUUAUUCACCUCUUUUUCCUUUUCCUUCUUCUUUAUCCUCAUCUUCUUCAUUUUCUACUUCUCCAUCCUAUUCACCAUCAUCUUCUUCUUCCCAUUAUUAUUAUUAUUAUUAUUAUUAUUAUUAUUAUUAUUUUCCCUCCUUUUUUUCUUCUUCUUUAUCCUCAUCUUCUUCAUUUUCUACUUCUCCAUCCUAUUCACCAUCAUCUUCUUCUUCCCAUUAUUAUUAUUAUUAUUAUUAUUAUUAUUAUUAUUAUUCCCCUCUGCCUUUUCCUUCUUCUUUAUCCUCAUCUUCUUCAUUUUCUACUUCUCCAUCCUAUUCACCAUCAUCUUCUUCUUCCCAUUAUUAUUAUUAUUAUUAUUAUAUUAUUAUUAUUCCCCUCUGCCUUUUCCUUCUUCAUCCUCAUCAAAAUUUCAUUUUCUUCAUCUUCUCCAUCCUAUUCACCAUCAUCUUCUUCUUCCCAUUAUUAUUAUUAUUAUUAUUAUUAUUAUUAUUAUUAUUAUUAUUAUUUUUAUAAUUUUCUUCUUUUUCAUUUUCUUCUUCUUUUUCAUCAUCUUUCAUUGUCUUUUCUUCCCAUUAUUAUUUUAUUAUUAUUUCUUUUUUCCUUCUUCUUUUAACCAUCUUCUUUAUCUUCAUUUUCUUCUUUUUUAUUCUCCAUCCUUCUAUUUCAUCUUCUUCCAUCCCAUUAUUAUUAUUAUUUUAUUAUUUAUUCUUUUUCUUCCUUUUCCUUCUUCUUUUCAUCCUUUUCUUUUUCAUUUUUCCUUUCUCCAUCCUUCUUCUUCUUUCAUUAUUCUUCUUUAUUAUUAUUAUUAUUAUUAUUAUUCCCCUCUUAUUUUUAUUCUUCUUUUUAUCCUCAUCUUCUUCAAUUUUUACUUUUCAUUCCUAUUCACCAUCAUUAUUCUUUUUUUAUUAUUAUCUUAUUAUUAUUAA